AUGAUGCAUCAGCAAUCCAUGAUGGUUGGAGAUAUGAUUCCCGUACACUCUGAACUACCCGGGCAUAACAAUGAAAAUAUGAACAAUGUGGCUUACGAGAACAGCGGUUCUCCAGCAUAUGACGACCUUUUUCCGGCUUUGCCUCACUCCCAACCCCCGGUCCAACGUAGUAUUCAGCAGGUUACUAACAAACUUCGUGUUGGAUCUACCCUUCAUACCCAGGUAUUCCAUGUACCCUAUGAAGAGAGGAAACUGGAUAAUGCCAAUACUUUUGGUGAAGGCGAGUCAUUGAGGACAUGCCAGUCUAUCACCAAAGAUACUGGUGCUCACAUUGAGAUAUCUACCAGCAAGGAUGGAAGUCUUACUUUUCUCAUCACAGGAAAACAUAGUGCUGUGCUUGAUGCUAGGCGUCUCAUUUUGACGCACUUUCAGCAACAGGCAAGCAAGCAAAUUAACAUUCCUAAAGAACAUUACCGCUGGAUUUUGGGCAAGCAAGGACAAAAGCUGAAGGAGUUAGAGAAAUUGACAGCAACCAAGAUUAAUGUACCCAGUAUUGCAGACAACAGUGAAAUCAUUACUAUUACUGGUACUAAGGAGGGUAUUGAGAAGGCAGAACAUGAGAUUCGAGUGUGCUCUGAGGAACAGUCACGUAAGGCAUUGGAGCGCAUCACCGUGCCCAAGAUCUACCAUCCCUUCAUCCAAGGGCCAUUUGGUGAGAGGUCAGCGGCACUCACUGCCGAGACCGGCGCUCGCAUUCACAUUCCGCCUGCCUCUACUCAAAGUGAUGAGAUUGUUGUAGCUGGAGAGAAGACUGGUGUACUUGCUGCUAAAGCUCAGAUUGAACAGAUUUAUGAGGAAAUGAAGAAGAAAUGUUCGACUGUACGCGUAGAAGUGCCAAAGUCCCAGCAUAAAUAUGUCAUUGGUGCUCGUGGAACGACGAUUCAAGAAAUUUUGAAGGAGACUGGUGUGUCCGUUGAAAUGCCACCUCCAGAUUCUCCCACGGGAACAAUUACACUUCACGGCCCUCACAAUAAGAUUGGAUUGGCUCUAUCGAAAGUAUGCGAAAAGGCGAAUUCCGUUAAAACAGCAACAGUUGAUGCACCAACCUGGAUACAUAAGUACAUUAUUGGUAAAAAUGGAUCGAACAUUAAGAAAAUCACUCAGGACUUCUCUAAGGUACAUGUUGACAUCACUCACUCGGAAGACAAAGUAAAAAUUGAUGGUCCCCCGGAAGAAGUUGAACGAGCUCAAGUGGAAUUAGAUGCGUUUGUCAAGAAUUUACUAGCGACACUUACUUAUGUUGAACUCACUGUUGACCCUAAGUUCUUCAAACACAUCAUCGGAAAAAGCGGAGCGAACAUUAACAGACUGAAAGAUGAGACUGGUGUAGUUAUUAAUAUUAUUGAAAACGAAGGUACCAAUGUGAUUCGCAUUGAAGGCAGUCACCACGGCGUAGCCGAAGCCGAGAGGGAGUUAAGAGAGAUGGUUAAUAAGCUAGAAAACGAAAGGACCAAGGAAGUUUAUGUCGACCAUAGGUAUAUCAAAUCACUGAUUGGCGUAAGGGGCGAUAAGAUUAAGGAAAUUCGUGAAAAAUUUGAACGCGUCCUAAUAACUCUGCCAGACCAGGGACAAAAGAGGAGUCCGAUCAAACUUAGAGGACCUCAGGAAGACAUUGAAAAGUGUGAGAAAUACUUGCAUAAGCUUAUGAAAGAGAUUGCCGAAUCGUCUUACGUACAAGAAGUGCCUAUAUUCAAACAGUUCCACAAAUUUAUCAUCGGAAAGGGUGGGGCUAAUCUUAGAAAAAUCCGGGAUGAAACUCAAACCGCUAUCGACUUGCCGGCGGAAGGUGAUGACAGCGAUGUUAUAACGGUGCGAGGAAAAAGGGAAAAUGUCGAGGAAGCCGUAAAAAAGAUUCAGCAGAUACAUAAUGAGAAAGCAAAUAUUGUGACAGAAGAAGUGACCAUUCCACCCAAGUACUAUAACUCGCUUAUCGGCGCGGGAGGAAAACUAAUUCAUUCAAUUAUGGAAGAAUGUGGCGGUGUUCUAAUCAAGUUCCCACCAGCUGAGAGUGAUAGUGACAAGGUUAUUAUCAAAGGCCCAGUCGAAGACGUGGAGAAAGCGAAGCAACAAUUACUUGCGCACGCGUCGGAACGCGAGCUGACGUCACACACGGCCACCGUACGGGCUAAGUCCGAACAUCACAAGUUCCUUAUUGGCAAGAGCGGGGCCAAUAUUAAGAAAAUACGCGAACUAACCGGCGCUCGCAUCAUAUUCCCCACUGAAAAGGAUGAGGAUAAGGAGGCCAUUUUCAUUAUUGGUCGCGAAGAUCAAGUGGAGGCUGCCCGAAAACAGCUAGAAACCGCAGUAGCGGAGAUCAGCAAUGUGUCAGAGGGAGAAAUGUCAGUGGACCCUCGUCAUCACAGGCACUUUGUGGCAAGGCGUGGUGAGGUCCUCAGGCGUAUUGCCGAUGAGUGCGGUGGCGUACAAAUUUCAUUCCCGCGACAGGGCGUGGCAAGUGACCGCGUAGUUCUUAAGGGGCCUAAGGAAUGCAUCGAAGCUGCUAAAAUCCGGAUCAACGAUAUCAUCGAAGAUUUAGAAGCUAAGAUAACAAUCGAGUGCGUCAUUCCACAAAAGCAUCACAGAACAGUGAUGGGUGCUCGCGGUGCUAAGGUCAAAGACAUCACUGCGGAGUUCGAUGUUCAGAUAAAGUUCCCUGAGAGAGAUACGACAGAGGGAGCAGACAUUCCAGUGAGAGGUGAAGAGGGAUCGGAACCGGGACCAAAUGAUACUAUCAGGAUAACCGGAAGGCCCAAGAAUUGUGAGGAUGCCAAGAAAGCUCUUCUCGACCAGGUUCCUAUAACCAUUGACGUCGAAGUGCCAAAUGACCUGCAUAGACUACUUGCUGGUCAAAAACGAAGAGACUUGAUGCAGACAUAUGAUGUCCACAUCCUCAUGCCGCCUAAUGAUGAGAUCACCGAUAUCGUUAAGGUGACUGGAACACCAACUAAUGUUGAAAAAGCCAAACAAGCUCUCACGGAGAAGAUAACUGAUAUGGAGAAAGAAAAGGAAGAUAGACUGCUCAGAUCAUUUGAGCUGAAAUUCCAAGUAGACCCCGAAUACCAUCCCCUAGUGAUAGGAAAGGGUGGUUCAGUGAUAACGAAGAUUCGCACUGACUAUGGAGUACAAAUUAACUUACCCAAGCGUGGAGAGCCAGAUGACAACAUUAUUACCAUUCAAGGUUAUGAAGAUAAGGCACACCAAGCCAAGGAAGCCAUCAUGGCUAUUGUUCAUCAACUUGAUAACCAAUACAGGGAGGAAGUUGACAUCGAUCCACGAGUCCACAGACGCCUUAUAGGUCUCCGAGGCAAGAACAUUCGUCGCAUCAUGGAUGACUUCAAGGUUGACAUCCGCUUCCCGAAGCAAGGCGAUGACAACGUCGUCGUCAUAACAGGAGAUGAAGACAAUGUCCUUGAUGCUAAGGAUCAUCUCCUCAACCUUGCAGAGGAAUAUCUGCAAGACGUCACAGACCGAUACCAGAGACCAGCUGCUCCGUCUUUAGCCGACUUCGGUGAAGUGCUCGAGAACGCAACUAGUGCAAACGCGAAUGCGAACAACCCUCCCUCUACCGGUUUCGUAGUCAAGGGUGGGCCUUGGGAACAACGCGCGCCUGAUACGGCCUCCACACACGAAUUCCCGACAAUGCCCGGCGGCCCCAAGCCCACUGCCUCGCCUUCGAGCGCCCCACCCGCCUGGGGACCACGGCGCUAA